AUUGUAAAGCCAUUUGUAAUCAAUGAAUGUGGGAGUUUUGACAUGUUGGGCAAAUUGAGAAUAUAGCGUAUGUAAGUAGCCUACGUGGAUGCGGAUGAAAAAUUGGCUCUGUAUGUGCAUAGCUGUAUUACGGAAAUUCUUCUAACCUGUCCCUUUAACUUCACUGAGAAUAGAGGAUGGCGUGUCUCUCUAACCUUGCUGAAGGACGCAGCUGUAUUUAUUGACGUAUGCAAAUUAAUUUAGGGGUGGUCCAAGAAAAAACAGGAACAAGAAUCAGUUUCACAUUGCAGUCUGGAGUUCCGGUGAAAAAGGAAAAAGAGACGUGGCGAUUAUUGCUGAGCAAACCAUGCAGGAUGACUUACUGAUGGACAAAAGCAAAGCCCAGCCUCCACAACAGCAAGAUCCAACGAACGUAGAUCCCCCUUCCACCCCGACCCCUUCAUCGGAAACCCCAGCAUCGGAGGAAAACCCGACGAGCGUGAUCAGUCAAGCAGCCCCGGCGCAGAACAGCAAAGAGAAGGUCCCGAUGGAGUCACCGAUCCUCCCGGGUUUGAGUUUUCAUCAGCCGCAGGAGCCCGGCGGCACGUCCUUGUCCCCUUCCUUCGGGAGCACUUGGUCUACCGGGACCACGAACACCGUGGACGAUAGUUUUUUUCAAGGGAUACCUUCGGUUAAUGGGACUAUGCUUUUUCAGAAUUUCCCCCACCACGUAAACCCGGUGUUCGGCGGAAAUUUUUCUCCCCAAAUCGGCUUGGCACAGUCUCAGCACCAACAGCAGCAAGCCCAGCAGCAGCCGCCGCCGCAGCAAAGGAGGUCGCCUGUUAGUCCCAACCAAGCCCCUUUCCCUCAGAGAAACGCGUACAGCCACCAGACCGUCAUGAACAGCAAGGCUUCUUCGUCCUCUGCCGCCUCGUCCGCUUGGAACAAUCACCACAACGCCGCUUGGAGCACAGCCUCCAAUCCCUGGAGCGGGCUCCAGGCAGGCAGGGACCCGCGGAGAGCUGUGGGCGUCGGGGUUGGAGUGGGGGUCGGUGUCGGGGUGCCAUCGCCUCUCAACCCCAUCUCUCCGAUGAAAAAGCCCUAUUCCAGCAACGUCAUCGCCCCUCCGAAAUUCCCCCGAGCUGGUCCCCUCACCCAAAAAUCCUGGAUGGAGGACAACGCCUUUAGAACGGACAACAGCAACAAUAUGCUGCCUUUUCAGGACCGGAAUCGGCCAUUUGAUGCAUUUAGCUUGCACUCUUUGGAGAAUUCCUUAAUGGAUAUGAUAAGGACUGACCACGACAAAGGACGGAUGGGCCUGAAUUUUCACCACCCAGGAGCAGAUCACAUACUGGCCCUGAACACCAGGAGCUAUGGGCGCAGAAGAGGCCGCUCUUCCCUCUUUCCUUUUGAGGACGGCUUCCUGGACGACGGGCAUGGCGACCAGUCUCUGACCCCUGGUAUGGGUUCACCUACGCGCUGUCAGAACGGUGAGAGGAUCGAGCGCUACUCCAGGAAGGUUUUCGUGGGUGGGCUGCCCCCUGACAUUGAUGAAGAUGAGAUCACCAACAGCUUCCGUCGCUACGGACACCUGGUGGUGGACUGGCCCCACAAGGCAGAGAGCAAGUCCUACUUUCCACCCAAAGGGUAUGCCUUCCUGCUGUUCCAGGAGGAGACAUCUGUACAGGCCCUAAUCGAUGCAUGCAUCGAGGAGGAUGGCAAGCUCUACCUGUGUGUGUCCAGCCCCACCAUCAAGGACAAACCGGUUCAGAUUCGUCCCUGGAAUCUAAGUGACAGUGACUUUGUGAUGGAUGGCUCCCAGCCCCUAGACCCACGGAAGACCAUCUUUGUGGGUGGGGUCCCGCGGCCCCUUCGUGCAGUGGAACUGGCUAUGAUCAUGGACCGUCUGUAUGGGGGGGUCUGCUACGCCGGCAUCGACACUGACCCUGAGCUCAAGUAUCCCAAGGGGGCGGGGCGUGUGGCCUUCUCCAAUCAGCAGAGCUACAUUGCCGCCAUUAGCGCCAGAUUCGUCCAGCUGCAGCACAAUGACAUCGACAAACGGGUGGAGGUGAAGCCCUACGUGCUGGAUGACCAGCUGUGCGACGAGUGUCAGGGGGCCCGCUGCGGGGGCAAGUUCGCGCCCUUCUUCUGCGCCAACGUCACCUGCCUGCAGUACUACUGCGAGUACUGCUGGGCCAGCAUCCACUCCCGCGCCGGCCGCGAGUUCCACAAGCCGCUGGUCAAGGAGGGCGGGGACCGGCCGCGCCACGUGUCCUUCCGCUGGAGUUGAGGGGCCGUAGACCCCUAUUCCCCACCCCCUACCACACCCCCUC